GCGAGUUCCCUCCAGCGCCGCCGCUCCAAGAUACGAGUCGCCUCUCCAUCAUCAACCCUACCCCGCCGUCCGCGCUGCGGCAGUCCAUGGAGUUCCGCUGGCCGCCCGGCUCCGCUCCGUUCCCGCCGGCACGGUUCGCCCACCCCCGCGACGGCUUCGCCUGCACGCCGGGCAUGCAAGUAAGGCCCUUGCCGCCGCCGCCGCUGCGAGAGCACAUCAUCCGCGAGGCGGUGACGCGGCGGCUCACCGAGGAGUGGGCCCUGGGCGAUCUCGCCUUCGCCCGUCGCCUCAGCGAGGGGUUCGGGCCCGACCCCUUCUUCGCCCCCGAUCUACUCACGCCCCCACCGCACGCGCCGAUGCCGAUGCCGAUGCCGAUGCACCCGCUUCCGCACGCGCCGUUCGAGGGGUUCGGGGCCUGGCAGUGGCAGGGACCUGGGCCUCGCCGGCACGCGGGGUUUGGGGGAAGGACGCCGUUCCCCCGCGAGGAGAAGAGGAGGGCGUCUCCGCCGCGGCCGGAUCCGAAGCGCAAGGUCAAGCUGCCUGAGAUCGAGCCCUCCGGGACACCCGAGGCUCUUUCACCGAAGGUUGCAAUGAUGAAGAGGAAAGCGGAUGCAAAUGCUGCAACUACUGUACCAAAGACAGUACAGAAACUAGCCGAGGACUGGAGCUGUUCAUUAUGCCAGGUUAUUGCACCAUCUGAAGCUGGUCUAAAUGAGCAUCUUGGAGGAAGAAAACAUAAGGCGAAGUUGGCACAAUGUGGUGUUAGCGAGGUGAUCAAAGAUGACAAAAACUGCUUGCAGACAACCAUUGGGAAUGAAAACAGCACAGAUCCUUGUGAUGCACCUAAAAAAAUAUGCAUGCUAGUAGACGGUGCAACAUGUGAAGCUGGUCUAAAUGAGGAUCUCGGAGGAAGAAAACUUAAGGCCGAGUUGGCCCUGUGUGGCGCCAGCAAGGCAAUCAAAGAUGACAAAGACAGCUUGCACACGACCACUGGGAAUAAGAACAGCACAGAUCCUUGUGAUGCACCUAAGAAAAUAUUCUUGGAAGUAGAUGGUGAAAUGCAUGAAGUUGUUCGGAAAAACAACUAUCUGUGGUGUGAUCGCUGCAGAGUCAGGGGUGAUAGUAACGUCAUCAUGGCUGGCCAUCUGCGAGGCAAGAAGCACAGUAAAUUAAACAUGGUUUGGACAUCGAUAAAGGCUGUGAGGACAAAUACCAAUACUAAGGAAGGUUUGCCUUCUUGUGGAAGUCAGGUAAAUACAAACGGCUCUACUGAAAUUCCAGGGGUAAUUGAAGGCAACAUAAAUAUGACCACCGAGGUAGAUGAAAGCAGCCCUGUAGAAAAUCCUGUCCAGAAAGAAAUCCAUCUGCAGAGCAAGAAGCACAGUAAAUCAAACAAUGUUUGGACAUCGAUAAAGGCUUUGAGGACAAAUACCGAUACUAAGAAAGGUUUGCCUUCUUGUGGAAGUCAGCUAAAUACAAACGGCCCUGUAGAAAAUCCAGUCCAGAAAGAAAUCCAUCUCUGGAACAAGAAGCACAGUAAAUCAAACAAUGUUUGGACAUCGAUAAAGGCCGUGAGGACAAAUACCGAUACUAAGAAAGGUUUGCCUUCUUGUGGAAGUCAGCUAAGUACAAACGGCCCUGUAGAAAAUCCAGUCCAGAAAGAAAUUCAUCUCCGGAACAAGAAGCACAGUAAAUUAAACAAUGUUUGGACAUCGAUAGAGGCUGUGAGGACAAGUACCGAUACUAAGGAAGGUUUGCCUUCUUGUGGCAGUCAGCUAAAUACAAAUGUCUCUUCUGAAAUUCCAGCGGUAAUUGAAGGAAACAUAAAUAUGACCACCGAAGUAGAUGAAAGCGGCCCUGUAGAAAAUCCAGUCCAGAUAGAAAUCCAUCCGUGGAGCAAGACACACAGUAAAUUAAACAAGGUUUGGACAUCGAUAAAGGCUGUGAAGACAAAUACCAAUACUAAGGAAGGUUUUCCUUCUUGUGGAAGUCAGGUAACCCCUUGUUUGAAGGAGCUUAUAAUGUUCAAGGCUCAGCAGGGGGCUAAAUCGGACCCAUCCUCAGCCCCCGAAGAAACUUCUUAUGCAAAUGAUUCCUCUCAGAAAAGAAAGCCAUGUCAAAUGACCAGUAAAGUGCAGCCUCCUGCUAAAAAAAGGAAAUAUAAACCUAGAAAGACUGUAUCAUCAGAUGACCACAGAUUGAAGGAACAAAGCGCAGACAGUUGUCUUCAAGAAGCAGGAGAGGUCAGCAGGGGAAAGGCCAAGGCGCCUGUGGAAAUACAAGUUCAAACCAACCGGAAAGAAAUCACAAGAAUGGCCACCAUAAAGGCUGUGAGGACAAAUACCGAUACUAAGGAAGGAUUUCCUUCUUCUUGUGGAAGUCAGGUAAAUACAAACGGCUCUACUGAAAUUUCAGCGGUAAUUGAAGGUGACAUAAAUAUGACCACCUUAGUAGAUGAAAGCGGCCCUGUAGAAAAUCCAGUCUGGAAAGAAAUCACAAGAAUGGCCGCCAUAAAGGCUGUUAGGAAAAAUACCGAUACUAAGGAAGGUUUGCCUUCUUGUGGAAGUCAGGUAAAUACAAACGACUCUACUGAAAUUCCAGCGGUAAUUGAAGGCAACAUAAAUAUGACCACCGGAGUAGAUGAAAGCGGCCCUGUAGAAAAUCCAAUCCAGAAAGAAAUCACAAGAAUGGCCACCAUAUGGGCAAUGUUUUCUUCUUAAGUUUCUUAGGUACUGGUAAUUAAGGUUGGAAUCUUGCAUGUCUUUGAAUCCAGUUCAACAGAUGGCUUAUAAGGUAUCGAACUUUAUUACUAGUGUCUAACCAACUUUGCAAGAGAAACAUUGCUCCGUAAAAGUAUGUGUUCUUGUUACUCCGUGGACAUGUCUUUCACAUGGAGAUGACUUAUUUAUGUAGAAUGCUCCGUAAAAGCUGCUUCUGUUGUACCUGUAGCCGUUUUUUAUUGUUGCCCUCUGUUUACUUUAAUGUGAGUAGGUGGGACGGGUUGAGCUGGUGAUCAGUAGGGUUUCCCUGAGUGCUAACCUAGCUCGUUUGUAAUUUAUUUAGGUCUUUUAGGUGUGGCUCUGGUUCACUUUUGCAUAUGUUGUGUGGAAAAUUGUUUGAGUAGUUGCAGCAUGUACUCAUCAAUAGCUGUUUCAGACAGAGUGUAGUCAGCAGUAAUAUAUAAUGGUGAGAGGCAUAUUAUAUUAUCCAAACAUCCUGAUGAAGAGAGAAACUGCCAUAUUGAAAUGUCAGGCAAAAAAGCUUCUAAAGCUGUAAAUUCCAUGAAAA